AUGCUCCUUGGACUUACACUCGUCUCACUGGCGGAUGCCUUGGACUUGGGGGAAGCGGCACGGAGACUCGAAGGCUGCGCCCAGCUGCUCCUGGAGACGCGCGAUGGCGGGCGGCACGAGGAGCUGAUGGCUUGCCGGGUGCCUUUGCUGGGCUCCUUGCACGAGGAUCAGAUCCCAGGCUAUUCCUACAAUGCCACGGAGGACUGUGACUUCUGGGCGAGCUAUGCUGCUAGAGAUCGACAUGUCGAAGGUAGCAGCAUACUGGAUUUCAUGCGUUUGGCUGCGUACCGGUAUGCUCCCUUCGACCCCCCGUUGCGGCCGAAUGGCACAGCGCUCUACAUCGGCGCCCAUCGUGGUGGAGAAGAUGGUUUGGAGUUUCACCGCAGGGGCGUUGCAUUGCAGAUGCACCUCUUUGAGCCCUCUCCGACCUUCUUCCGGAGCUUGGUCAGAUCUUUGCACGGAGUGCCGGGCUUCACGCUGCACAACUAUGGCCUGGGCGCGAAAACGCGCCGCGCCUUUCUGCGUGUGCGUGGCACGGCCUCCCGGGUGGUGGAGGGCUCCGAAGAGGACACCGAGGCGGUGCUGAUCCGCUCCACGGCCGAGGCGAUCCCGGAGGUCCUGGCGCAAAGCCGGCAGAGCUCGGUGGAGUUACUUCACGUGAAUUGUGAAGGCUGCGAGUACGACGUGGUACAAGGCUUGGGAGACACUGGGCAACUGGCCCGGAUUUCGCAAGUCCAGCUGGCUACGCAUUUGAUGGACUACGAGGGCCCUUCCGCCGACUUCCACGAAGCGGUCUCCUUAUCUUUGCAAGUCUCGGUCAAACGAUACUGCGCCAUGCAUCGGACCUUGUCCCAGACCCAUGAGCGAGCCUGGGGCCUGCCCUGGGUCUGGGAGCGUUGGACCAAGCGGAACAAGCGCGAAGAGCUCACCGCGACCGCGAAGAGCUCACCGCGAGCCUUUCUGGUCAAGUGGGGUCAGCGGCCAAAGCCUGGUGAAGUGAAUCGGCUUCCGGUCUUUCGUCUACGAGAUGUCCCUAUGGCACCCAUAGAAGGUGGCAGCCAGGCCAUGGUCGAUUGGGGAAGAGCAAUGGCGGGUCCAAUGACUGGUGGCUAUUCAGUGGGCUUUCAACUGACUCCACUGGGUCCCGAUGGCGAUUUGACAGCUCAUGACUUUAAGGGCGGGCCACACCCGGUCGAGAAGGACCCAAUUUUCAACCUCUGUACCGAAAACCGUGAGAAGGGAAACAAGUUGGUGCAAGAGGGUAAGUUUGAAGAAGCAAUCGCCCGAUAUUCGGAGAUGAUCAUGCAGUCUCGUGCGCUUGAAGGAGAACAGGAUGUGCAGUGGACGGAUGAAGGUAGAGAUUCUGUUCGACAGUUACGAGCAGCUGCCUAUCUGAACCUGUCCCUAUGCUUUCUCAAGUUGAAACAGUGGCAGCAUUGCGUGAACACCGCCACACGAGCUCUGCAGGGAGACAAGGAUCCUCCAGAUCCGAAGGAGAAUGUGCUGCCACCGGAGAAGAAGGCGAAAGCCUUGUUCCGACGCGCACUUGCUCAAAAAGAUGGCUUUGAGAAGCUGGAUGAGGCCGUGAAGGACCUUAAGACAGCUUUGGAGUAUGUGCCAGAGGACAAAUCAAUCCAACAAGAGCUUCAACGAGUCAAUCAGGCUUUGUUGAAAGAAAAGAAGAAGGCAGACAAGAAGCUGAGCGGAUUCUUGUCCGACAGCAAGACGGUGAAGUCUGGCGAGGGCAUUUUCAGCGAGAGUGACCGCCAGAGAGAUACCUCGGGGCCGGAGCUGCCAGCCGAUCCUGUGAAAGUGAGGGAUGGCCUUUGGCUGGUGCCCAAAGAUGAAGAUCAGGAUGCCAAGGAAGCCGUUGAGGCGGGCAUUGAUCUGGAUGAACUGGGUCGCGAGAUCAAUGAGCUCAGAGAAGAUAAGCCUGAAGUCUUCAGCGAGCUGAGAGAAAAGAUGAAGACCAUGAUUGAGGCCCACAUGGAGAGAUGA